AUGAUUGGUGAACGCCACAAGAGCCGCGAUUUGGUUACGAUACUCGGCCUGUUCCACCUCCUGCAGCUCCUCCUGCUCCACGGAUCCGCCGCCGGCCAUGUGAUCGAGGUCUUGGCUCAAUCAACAACCGCAUCCAAGUCGGAGCCGCAGACUUUGGAGACGAAGACGAAUGGCAGUCAGGAUGGGGCUGGUCUAACGCCCGGUGCGACAACAGCUCAACGGCUGGAUCCGAACAACAACAACGAGUGGCGACCUCUGGGACACGGGGAUCCCCUGCAAAAGGAUCCCACCUACGACUACAGUCCGCCAGCCCUGGAAAGGGUACGCUACUGGGCGGAGAACAACAGCACGGGUCAGAGUAAUCCGGAGGCCAGGAAGAAGGAGCUACCACCGGAGGUACUGCGCAACAAGACCAAAAGCGAGGUGCUGCUCCUGGGCGUGGCCAGUGAACGAGUCAGGGUGCCACACUCCCACUCCUAUCCGCCAGUUGGAUUGACCCACAAUCAACAGCAUCAGCAGCAGCAGCAGGCUAAAUAUGCCGCCAUCCGGAGGAGCUACUAUGCUCCCACCCAGCAGCAACAUGGUCCACAAACCCAACAUAUGCCAUCCCAUUUCAAUGCCCAGCAGCACAUGCCACCCACCCAUUUGAUGCCGCCACCCAUGAUGAUGAUUAAGUCCAGUGGUGCCCCUCCUCAUCUGGAGUACAGACACAGUAUGAUGGCCACCGGAGCACCCACCUCCUACAUGAGCCUCAACCACAUGAGUUCACCGACGCCCAAAUCACCAAUGACUUCCUCGGUGAUCUACCAUCAACCAAUGGGUCAUCACACCUCCUUGUCAUCCUCCACACCCUGGAUGACCAGCAUGCCACCACAUCGUCUGAGCUACUCGGAUCCUCAUCUCCAGGAGUCCAUGCACACCUACAGCUUUUCGAGGCCCCACCACCAUCAGCAGUCGAUGAUGAGCUACUCGCCCAACUCGCUGCCAGGACUUCAGAGUGGCUCCAAAACGGGACUGAGGAAACCCUGGCUGCAUGAGCUGCUCCAGAAAGAAGUGGUGGUUACAUCGAAGCCCAAGGUUAAGCCCACAAUGCCGGCGACCAAGUAUCUGAUGGGCACAAGUAAGCCACAUCAUCCAUUGCCACCUAUGGGAAUGGGCAUCAGUUCCACGCGACCACCGUUUACCUAUGCUCCGGUGACCUUUGUGCCUGGGCCACCCACCAUUGCAGUGCCCACGGUGGCCACCAGACAAGAGUUGCAACCCGAGAUCUACAUCUCACCCACUCCUCAAACGAGUAACCCUGGCUUCAGACCCAUGUUGAUGACCAGCACAACCACCGUGGGAACCACUCCUUCCACCACAACGCCCAUUUAUCACCGAACCAGCACAACAACCACGAGUAAUCGCCUGCUCAUCCCCCAGACGAGCAAUCUGGCCCAGAGACCCACAGUGGCUCCGGCUCCGAGUGAACCCACCACUGAUUCGCUGUUCUCCCACUACAAGCAACCACCGAAACCCCUAAUGGGACCCAUGUACCUCAUCAUCGAGGGUCACUCCAAGGUCAAGACCUAUGGCCAAAACGAAUUGGAUCCACAUAGUCCCAAGAUAGUGCCGGUUAUCUCGAAGAGGGAACCUGUGGUUAGGAUAGCUGAUCCCAACGAGAAAAGGGGCACAGUGGAAUCCUAUCAGGUCAAGCAUUUGCACACCAAAACCACGCCGAUGACAACGACAACAACAAAGACUACGACGACUAGUAAACCCACUACAACAAGAGCUCCUCAAAAAGCUCCUGUCUACAGCACUACUAAAGCUCCGGUUAGCACUACCCCAAAGAUAACAAAACCCCCCACUAUAAAAACCACUAAAGCAACAACAACCAAAGUACCCAUUAGUAGUACUACCCCGUUAGUUCCAAAACAACCCAAUCCAGAACCUCCAAGUGGUGUUAAUGAUCUGCUGAGUCUACUGGACAAUAUGUUUGCCGAUGCCCAUGAGAUAGCCUCAUCAACGGGGUCACCUUUGGUAGCUAGUUCUACCACGAGCACCGUGCUAAAGCCUGUUAGCACCAAGUUAAUGCCCCAGCAACCGGAACCGAGGAUUUCCAGUAAGGCGGGGUCCAUAGACAGUCUGCUCGAAGAUGAUGAAGCCGGCGAAGAUCUAGGGUCAGCGAAUUCCACCGCGACUCCACCUCGAUCAACGCGUCAAAUCUUCGACUAUGAUCAAUUGCCAGAGUCACGGAUUAAAGUUGGGGUCACCACCAGCGAUAUUUUGGAAUACAAUGAUGAUGAUGAUGGGGAGGAGGAGCUGGAGGAAGAUGAUCAGACCACCGAUGGUCAAAUAGGGAAUCAGGAGAACGACGAGGAGGAGGAGGCAGACGAAUCACACAAUUUACUCAAGCGAAUCGAUCAAUUUGUGGAUGAUGUCGACGAUGGAGAUGACGAUUUGGAGGACCUCAUCGAGGGUCUGGACGAGGACGAGAUCGACGAAAGGCGACAGCAGCAUUAG